AUAGCUGGAGAGCACCAAGGUCUUCCCACAUGGCUCGGAAAUAUUUCGCUACCAGCCUUUCCAGAUAUCUUGAUGGAGAUUUCUGGCAGACCAAAGAUAUUCUCCGGGAGGAAAUUUCCAAAUGUGAACUGUUCCAGCACAGCAGCUACGACCUGACUCUGGAGCAGAGCAGAGAGCUGACUGUACAGAGGUUGCACUUUGUGUUGAAGCUACCCUUGAUUAAACAUCAUCUCAUUGAUCAGGUAGCUGGAAGGAAGAAAGAUUUCAUAAGCAAGAGCCUGUGCAUCACAGAGCUGAUCUGUUCUGCAGAUAUGGCCACUGGAGUAAAGAUGGGUGUUGUGUGUGGACUAUAUGGUGGGGCUGUCACCAACCUAGGCAGUCCAGAGCAAGUGAAGAAACUGUAUGCACCAGUCUUGGAUUUGGCAUUCACUGGGAUGUUUGCUAUGACAGAAAGAGGUCAUGGGAGUAAUGUACGGGGCAUAAUGACUGAGGCUCACUAUGAUGCUUCAAUGCAGGAGUUUAUCAUUCACACACCUUGUGAAAAUGCACAGAAGAUGUACAUUGGAAAUGCAAUGAAAGGAAACUAUGCUGCUGUAUUUGCACAGCUCAUGCUUAAUGGAGAAUGUCAUGGUCCUCACUGUUUCAUUGUGCCAAUACGAGACCAGAAUGGGGACAUGUGUCUAGGAGUUACUGCAAUUGAUAUGGAACAUAAAGAAGGCCUACAUGGAGUUGACAAUGGUAUCUUGAUAUUUGAUCAUGUCAGGAUACCACGGGAAAACCUGCUACACAAGUUUGGUUCAGUGUCAGCUGAUGGGCAGUACUCUUCUCCCAUUCAGAGUAAAAGCAGUCGCUUCAACGCCAUGCUUGCCACUCUCAUCCCAACCCGGUUGGCUCUCACUGUUCAGGCAAUGGCUGCCAUGAAGCUGGGACUAAUCAUCGCAGUGCGCUACAGCCACUGCCGCAGACAGUUUGGGCCAAAAGAUCAAGAUGAGGUUAAAAUCAUUGAGCACCAGACUCAGUAUCUGAGAUUGAUGCCUCACUUGGCUGCUGUCCUUGCUCUCACCUUUACCACUAGACAUGCUGCAGGGCUGAUGGAUGAAGCUCUGUGUCAGGGACAGGAUCUGCAGUGUAACCGUCCCCUACAAGCAUUGGUGGCUGGUCUCAAAGCCUACAGCACUUGGGCCAACUUGGCCUGCCUACAGGAAUGCCGCGAGUGUACUGGGGGCAUGGGCUUCAUGAUGGAGAACAGAAUCCCCUCUCUGAGAUGCGACUCUGAUGUCUUUGUGACUUUCGAAGGAGACAAUAUGGUCAUGCUGCAGGUGGUGGUUCGUGAACUUUUGAGCCAGUACUCCAGGCAGAUUGGGAAAAGCAUGGUGUCUGGACUUAUCAAAAAAUGGACCAGUUAUGCUUCCGACAGCCUCAGAACCAGUUUUCCUAGUUUCUUUGUAAAUAAAGUAGGAGACCUGAGCUUCCUGCUGAAUGUCUUGAACUACAGGGAGAGGGUCUUACAGCGUAGCCUUGCUGCACGCCUUCACACUAAGGUACAGAAGAACAAAGAAGAGUUUUUCAGUGCUUGGAACUCAUGCCUGCAUCAUGUGACUGGCCUUGCCCUGGCACAUAUACACAGAGUGACUUUGGAGCAGUUUGCGCUGGCAGUGCAAGAGUGCCAAGUGAACAACGAUCAAGCCUUGUUAAAGAAGUUCUGCCUUCUGCAUGGAACAAGUCUGGUGUAUCAGGAGCGAGGGUGGUAUCUGGAACAUAACUAUCUUAGUACUGGGGCUAGCAGACAGAUCCGCAGCCAGCUGUUGGAGUUGUGCAGGUCAGUGAAGGACGAUGCAUUGAAGGUGGUGUCAGACUUCAACAUGCCUUCCUGUUGCAUCCAGGCACCCAUUGCUGGUGUGCCCAACUCCAGGGCACCUUGGGGCUUCUACCCACAACCCAAGAGCCCCAUUCCCCAGCCCCAAAGCCAGCAAAGAGCCACAUCAAAGCUCUGAGGUAUAGAAAACCUACAUACUGCGAACACUUGUACAAUUUAAUCCUGCUUCCUUUUGGUAAAAUAGGUUUUCAGUUUCUCCAACAAUAGAUAACAUUAGGAUGUUUGGAAAGAUGAAAAGAACAGCAACUUUGUUUGUUUUUUUCAAAAAUGCGUUUUGGGUUAUGUGAUGUGAAUUUAUGAUUUGCUUGUUCUGCCAAUAGCAACGUUGUUAAAUAAAUCAAACAUUAUUUUUGAAGGUUUGUUAUUCGAAGGGUAUUUAUAUCUGAUCUUGUUUUUAAUAAACAGAAGCAAUGUUGAGAUAAAAGCUCCUUUUAAGCACUAUAAUAAUCAUUCGUGUGCUAUAAAGUGCACAGCAAUGCUGAAUAUGUUGGGCAGCACCAGAGGUGAUUUACAAGGGAAUGGUUAUUAUAAUUAUCUGGUUCAUACUGUAUUUUUAUUCUUAUUAGUCAUAGCCUAUGUAUAAAAACUUUCAGAUGCUGAACAUUUGAUUUAAGUCUGUAACUGGAAGAAUAAACAUUUUACUCAUUCACCAAAUGAAAGUUUUAAAUAAAGCUGACAUUAUAAGUAUUCUUCAGAGGAAAAAAAAAGCUGCUGCUCGACAUAAAAUAAAGAAAAAUAAGAAAUUGCUUUUUGCGCCGAUUUCCUGACAUCAUUCAGUGAGGCUGUUGGAUGUCUCUGGGAUUGCAGUGUCAAACAGGCUUACUUAGAUUACCCAUUCUCCAUAUUGUUCCCAAGUGAUGCUUAUCAUCACUCUGAUCAUUCCUCUUGGUUGAGAGCCAUCUUCAGACUGCUUUAGCUUCUCGUUUGUUGUUGUUAGUCAUCGCAAUUCGUGGUGUCCAGUGUGACAUAGACUCUGAGAUUUGCCCUGCAGCCAAACACCUGGCCGUGCAAUCCUCUCUGUAGUUGUAUUUUGAUACAAAUCCAAAUGUGUGUUUGGAUCUCUUCCAUGCAGUCUUCGUAGUAAACUUUUGAGUUUGGUGAUUACUUACUUUGUAGACUUCCUGAGCAAGUCUGGUCUUGCAAGUUUUUGCUAUGAGCUGAGAGAAAUUGAGCUGGAAAGUCCAUUAACUGCCUGUUGGGUUGUUGCGGACCAUUAGGGUAGGGGGUACUGUGUGUACUCUCUCUCACGGAUUCCAACAUUACACUUAAUAAAAUGUCUAGUACUCAUAAAUCUUGGUGACUAGGCUUUUUUUAACAACCAAUCACACAAAGGACAGGAUCAGUGAAGAAACCCCGAAGACGGGGGGGUCCAAUCUUAUCUGCAGGUUUGUCUUCAAGCCAGGUUGGAGCCACAACUGUACACAAACACCUAAUCUUGGUCUUUAAUCAACUAUCAGGUUUAACCAACCCCUUGCAGAUAACCCUUGCCCUAGAAUGAAUAUUCAACAUCUUAAGCCCCCAGUCACUUGGACUACUCAACAUUCAAAAAUACCUUAAUGUCUUUUACAAGACACCAAUAACUGAUACUUUUUGUAUUAUACCAGACUUUCCUAGAGCUGUUGAGCAGCAGCAGAGGAUAUAAUUUGAACAUUGUCCCCCAAAGCAAAUUCUGCAGUAACCCUGCACAUUUCAUAUUGACAGCUUUCCUUGUCGUGAUGCAUAAAAUCAUUGGCUAAUGAGCUAAAGAUUAAGCUUUUGAGUAGUUGAAGAAGAUGAGUUACAGAAGGGUGAGUGGAAAGACUUUGGAGCAAAAUGGAAAAACUGGUUUUACAGGCACUGUGGACAUGCUGAAGCCUUUAUAACUGUCACCUUAUUUUUGAAUGUACAGUUUUUGUAUGUAUUGUUGUUCAGAAGAACCCACAGGGAAUUUAUACAGUUGAUAAACCCUUUAUUAGACACUAUUAUACACUAUAUGGACAAAAGUAUAUGGACACUUGACCAUCACACCCAUAUGUGCUUGUUGAACAUCCAGUUCCAAAGCUGUGGGCAUUAAUAUGUAGUUGGUCCUCCCUUUGCUGGAUUUUGGAAUGUGGCCGUGUGGAUUUGCUGAUUCAUCGACGAGUUGUAGUGAGGUUGGGGACUGAAGUUGGGUGAACAGACCUGGUGCGCAAUCUGCAUUCAAGUCAAGUUCAGGGCUUUCUGCAGGCCACUUGACAUCUUCCAAACCAACCUUGGCAAACCAUGUCUUUAUGGACCUUGCUUUGUGCACAGGGGUGUUGUCAUUCUGGAACAGGUUUAGGUUCAGCCCCUUAGUUCCAGUGAAGAGAAUUUUUAUGCAACAUCAUACAACGGCUUUCUCCAGAAUUGUGUCCUUCCAAUUUUGUGGCAACAAUUUGGGGAAGGCCUACAUAUGGAUGCAGUGGUCAGGUGUCCACAUACUUUUGGCCAUAUAGUGUAUGUUAACAAGGGCUUAAGUGUUCAAGUGACCUGAUUAGCAGCAGGCUGAUUGCCAAUACUUUUAUAAGACAGUUAUUGUGGUUGAAGAAGAAUGAUGCACUAUAUGGCCAAAAGUUUGUGGACACCUGACCAUCACACCUAUAUGUGGGCCUUCCCCAAACUGUUGCCACAAAAUGGGAAGGCUGCAACUGUUUACUUGGAUACAAAGACUGGAUUUCUUUGCAUUACUGAUUUCUGUAGCAUUACAGCUUCCCUAUAGUAUUCAAUGGAAAUAAGAGGCCAAAACAUGUUCCAGCAUUACAAUGCCCCUGUGCACAAAGCAAGGUCUAUGAAGACGUGGUUUACCAAGGUUGGUGUAGAAGGUUGUUGUAGAGUGCCCUGCACUGAGCCCUGACCUCAGCCCCAGCUGAACCCCUUUGUGUUGGAUAAAUAGGAACACUGGCUGCUCCCUAGGCCUUCUCAUCCUAUGUCAGUGCCUAAACUCAUGAAUGCUCUUGUGGUUGAAUGAGCAAAUCCACACAGUCGUGUUCCAAAAUCUAGUGGAAAGCCUUCCGAGAAAAAUGGAGGCUGCUAUAACAGCUAAGAGGGGACCAACCCACUUUUAUUGCCCAUAGCUUUAGUAUAGCACUUUUGAUUGUGAUGGUCAGGUGACCACAGACUUUUGGCAAUAUGGUGCAUAUAAUAAUUAAUUAUGUAGUAUAAAAUGUGCUGAUAUGCUAGUUUUCACAUUCUCAUUCAU